UGAAGGCAGCAUUAAUAACAACGGGAGAGGAGCUGGUGUCACCGCUAAUGUCUCAUGUGAGGACAGGACGGUAUUAUGAGCUGAAGAAAUCCCGCUGAGUUAUGAUGGUUUGUGAGCAGUCGACCGGAGAGAUAUGUGCGGCAGAACGGCUGCGUCUCGUCUCCUCUAAAAGUCAGAGCAGCUGGAACAAUCAGAACGGGGGAUUUUUAACAAAAACAGACGCCAGACGGAGAAGAAAAAGGAGCCGCAACAUGUUUGAAGUCUCCGGGAUCCCACUCAUCCUGCUGGACGCUACCUGCCUUAUCCUCGUCGGACUUCCAUUUUUCACCCUCACCUCUCUACAUAACCCUUUCAAACGGGGUUUCUUCUGUAAUGAUGACUCCAUCAGAUACCCCUUCAAAGAGGACACCAUAUCCCAUGAACUGCUGGGAGGAGUCAUGAUCCCCUUCACAGUGAUUGUACUCAUCUGUGGCGAGUGCCUUUCUGUUUAUUUGUCCCGCAUCAAGAACCAGUCUUUGGGGACCAAGUAUGUUUCAUGCAUCUACAAAGCAUUGGGGAGUUACUUAUUUGGAGCGGCAGCUAAUCAGUCUCUAACCGACAUAGCCAAGUACUCCAUCGGUCGCCUGCGACCAAACUUCCUGGCUGUAUGCAAGCCAGUGUGGGAUCGAAUCAACUGCAAAGCUGGUGGAUACAUUGCAAACUUCACCUGCACUGGAGACAAGUUCCAGAUAGAUGAGUCCAGACUCUCCUUUUUUUCUGGUCAUUCAUCCUUCUCUAUGUACUGCAUGCUGUUCCUUGCCCUGUACAUUCAAGCUAGACUAAAGUCUGAGUGGUCGAGGCUUCUGCGUCCCACCAUCCAGUUCUUCCUGAUUGCGACUGCAGUGUAUGUUGGUCUGUCCAGAGUGUCUGACUACAAACACCACUGGAGUGAUGUGCUGGCUGGCCUCCUGCAGGGAGGUUUAGUGGCUGUUCUCACAGUGUUCUGUGUCUCCAACUUCUUUGCGCAGCCAGUGGAGCCGGUGGUGUCACAGGAGGAAGAACAGUCGCACACCAGUUUACAGGAAAACCCUUCCAAUGGGAACCACUAUGGCAGCACUGAAUGAACCUAAGGCUUCACAGACUAAACUAUGCUGAGCAUCGCCUCCCUCCCUUAAAAAUAGUCACAGAGAGCCUAAAACACAUCAGUGAACUGCGAAUCUUACAUUAACUGCUGGCUGUUUGUAUGCAACACGGUCAUCACUGCAGCCUGCACGCUUUAGCUGCUACCUGGUGUGGUCAGUGAACUUGAUUACGAGAAGAAAAGUGCACUACACAAGACAUUACUUGCACUUCACUGAGAUAUAAAGAAGCAGAAGAAGUGGUUUCUGCCGAGUUUUGGUCAAAUCCAACAUAAUACAGUUUAUUCUGGAGGGACAAAACAAAAUACAGCAUGUUGGGUUUACUUUAGGAAAAGUUGCGCUUUUUUUUUUUUUUUUUUUUUUUUUUAUACAGUGUGGGCUUGUUGGAAAUUUGGUUACUAGUGUAUAUUGGUCUGUUGCUGCCAUCACGAAUGAAUGAAUGAAAUUCUUUUUGCCCAGAAUAUAAUGAGCGUCUGUGUGCGCAUUGCAAGCAGGCUUAUAGAGGCCGGGUACCUGUGAAUAAGAAAACCAAGACUGUCCUUAAAAUGGAGACUGGACUCAGAAAUAAUAUAUUUUAUGUUCAUUUUUGCCUUAGAUUUGUGCUGCUACCUGCUGUUACGUCACUUCCCUGAUAUAAUUUUAUGUAUGGAAAAUAUAAUUGAUUUUUCUUUUGUUUUUUUAUAUAGUCUGUAUAAAAUUCCUAUUUUUUGUUCAUACAGAUGCUUUGAACAGUGAAAAGUGAGACAAAUAAAGAGAAUGCUCAUUUGCUACUUUGAUACAAAGAAGGAAAUGA